AUGGCCGCCCAGGACCCGUCCCGCUGCGCCAUCCACGACGCCUGUCGCGAAGGCAAAACUCACGUCGUCGAAUCUCUGCUCAACGCGAAUCCGAAGCUUGCCACCCGUCGCGAUGACGACGACCGUUUGCCAAUUCACUGGGCCGUUUCGUACAAUCGCAUACCCAUCAUCUCGCAACUCAUCCAGACCAAGAACUUCGACAUCGAUGCGCAGGAUGGCUCUGGCUGGACGCCGCUUAUGAUGGCCGCGAGCCUGAAGGACGCUGACGAGCUGGUCGACCUGCUCCUCUCACGCGACGCUGAUGUCAACAUGAAGAGUGCGUUCUCACUGGAAGCUACUGCUCUGCACUUUACCGCCUCGAAGAACAACCUCGAUACCGCGCGGAAGCUGAUCGCGAAGAAGGCGUCGGCUCGCGUGAAAGACAAGCGUGGCCAGCUUGCCCUGCACCGCGCCGCAGCGGUCGGCUCGGUUCCUAUGAUCAAAUUACUGCUGGAAGCAAACAGUCCGCUCAAUGCGACUGAUAUGGAUGGAAUGACUGCGUUACAUCAUACCAUUGCCGAGGGGCACGGCGACGCAGCAUUGGUGCUCCUCAAAGCCGGCGCAGACACGGAGAAGAAAGCCGGUGAUGGGUCGCUCGCGAUCGAGCUUGCUCCGGACGCGAAGAUCAUGAACUACAUCAUCCAGAGCGCAGAGCUCGAGGGCGUUGAGCUGACUUCAUCUAAGUCUUGA